UCAUUUUUAAGCUCCCCUUUCUAAAGCACCUCAAACGAAUUUAUGAACUCUUUGGGAGUAACUGAAACCCACCACCCGCAGCUGCACAGCCACACAGGUAUUAAGUUUUCGCCACACUCGUCCCAAAUUUUAGAAGUUCACUUCAAUCCUUCAUUCCCUAGGGUUCAAUGGUUCAUACGCCAUAUUCUGUGUCUCUGGUUCUUUCUCGUUGCAUGUUUGCGGAUUUUUGCAAUUGAAUUCACAAUCUGUUAUGAUGGAAUACAAAAAAGUAUAUAAAUCUUUGCAGGAGAUAUUUCCAGAGAUCGACUCUCGGGUUCUAAGAGCUGUUUCCAUUGAACACCGUAAGGAUCCUGAUGCAGCUGUUGAGGCUGUUCUUUCGGAGGUCAUCCCAUUUUUAAUUGAGAGAACCAACUCAUCCUCCUUUUCAUCAUCCCCUAAUACAGUAUCUGUAGUUAAAACGUCCCCGGCUGCAGUGGAUUCAAGUGAAGUGUUUCUGGAAAAUGAUACCGAGUCACCAAGAAUGGUACCAUUUGAUGAAAAGACGAAUGAAUUUUCAUCCUAUGAUGCUAAAGGUGGGAAAGGUCAACACCAUGAAUCUUGUUAUUCCAUUGGACAGCGUCAUGAUGUUGAAGACAGUACUAGUGGCAAUUUGAUGUCAUUUGAGAUCGGUGAAAGUGAUGUAUCUUAUAAUCCCAUCCCCUUCCAAAGAAAUCCUGAACUUGCUGGCGAAUGUUGUGAUGCUGAUAAGUGUGAAUCCUCUGCAAUUCAAGAACCCGUUUCUUCUAAAGUACAUGAAAAAUGUGCUUCUGAUUCACAUGAAGAAAGGGAAGAUGUUUUUGUAGAAUGUAUGAGUGCACCUCUAGUUAAUAUGGAUGGAUUUACAAGUGAGGAGUGUACCACCGCGGCACAUAAACGUGCACUCUUUAAAGAAUCCUCCUGUUUUGAUUCUAUAAAUCAUUCUUCUACAUCAGUUGUACAAGAUGUCGAGAAAAGUGAGCAGCUGGUAGUUGUUGAGCCAGAAAAGCACACAGUUGGUCUUGAAGAAAUGGGGCUUAAAAGUUAUGUUAAUGCCGUCCCUGAUAUAAAUCUCACUGGUGAAAUGAUCGACACUCACUCAGAAUCUGUCCCCAAUCCUGUAGUUACUCGUUCUGGUCAUAUUUUUUGCAUUGAUCUUCUAGAAGAUAUAAUUACCGAAGCAAGAUCUAACAAGAAAAACAUGUUUGCUGCGAUGGAGUCUCUAAUGUGUUUAAUGAAAGAGGUUGAACUUAAAGAAAAAGCUGCAGAACAGGCAAAGGAGGAAGCUUCCAUUGGAGGACGUGGCAUACUUGAUAGAGUGGAUCAUCUGAAAGAAAUGCUAAGACACGCUAAGGAAGCAAAUGACAUGCAUGCUGGAGAAGUGCAUGGUGAGAAGGCUAUCCUGGCCACUGAAGUGAAAGAGCUACAGUCUCGCCUUCUUAACAUGGCAGAUGAAAGGGACAGAUCUCUUGCUGUUCUUGAUGAGAUGCGACAAAAUCUUGAGGCACGUCUGGAAGCUGCUGAGAGAGAGCGGCAAGCUGCUGAGGCUGACAAGAUACAAAAGGAACAGCUUGCACGGAAUGCUCUGGCUGAACAAGAACGCAUUAUGGAUAAACUUGUGCAAGAGGCAUACAUUUUGAAAAAAGAGGCAGAGGAAAAUUCCAAAUUGCGUGAGUUCCUCAUGGAUCGCGGCCUUGUUGUAGAUAUGCUGCAAGGAGAGAUAUCUGUGAUAUGCCAGGAUAUCAGGUUACUAAAAGAGAAGUUCGAUAAUGGCGUUCCACUAAGCAAAUCAUUUUCCUCCAGUCAGACGAGCUGCAUUUUAGCUUCCUCGUCAAAUUCAUCUUCACGAAGUAUGGCACUUGAGCCUGCAGAUCAAGCUGCUGAGCAUACAAAUUCAUCAGAUCAAUGGCCGGGGAAGAUUGACCUAACAUUUCCGGUUUGUGCAGUGGAAACGGGAGAUAGGGGACAUGAUAAAGAUGGUAAUACGGAUGAGGAUUGGGAAAUUUUUGACAAGGGGGAGUUUUGCAUGUGAAAGGGAAAUGCUGCAUAGCAUUCAGAGCCAGUCAUCCUGGCUGAACUGCCUUUUGUUAACUUAUGGGAACUCCUAUGGAAUGUUGGUCUCUUGCGUUUUUGGUACAUGUAUUCUGUGCAAACCAAAGAGGAGUUAACUUCGGGCCAUCUAAUUCCCCUCAUAUAGAAGUUAAAAUGCCCCCCGAAGUAGUUCUUAUCUGCGUCUUCUCAUGUAUAUAAUCUUUUCUUAACGCUCAAGUGCAGCAUAAAACUAGUACUCCCUCCAUCUCUGGUUCUAGACGGGGCCGGUUCGGCCCAGUACCCGGCCGACCGGGACUGGGACUGGGGGCUCGAACCGGGGGUAUUAGGGGCGGGCUUCGGACUGCUGAAAAGGUGGACCGGCCCGGUCGGUCCGGGACUGGUCCGGGCCCUUUUUUUCAAUUUUAAGGGCUGCUAGGUGGGUGGGGCUGGGUGGUUUGGGGGGAUAGUAAUAAAUUAGAAAAACAAUUUUUUUUUAAAAAAAAAUAGACCCGGCCCCGACCCCAACCCAGGCUGGUACUGGGUCUACAACCCAAAAACCCAGGCCUGCCCAAUACGGGCCCGCUUCAUCUCUAGAUCCUAGUUCUAACUUUCUUUUUUUGGACGUCUCAAAUAAAGGUUCUCAUUUUUGUUUUAGGAAACCAUUAAGACUCUUAAAUGACAAUUUAAUCAUCAAAUAUUAAAAAUAAUACAUCUAUAACAUCAAAGUUAUCAUCGAUCAUUUUAUAUUGAUUGUAUAUCUUUCAAAAUUAUUUCUCAUAAUUUACUCGAAUUACCUAUCUAAUUAUUGUAUUAAUAAUUGUGCUACUUUGUAAUGGGAACCUUUAAGCAGGAGGGGGUAGUAUGAGUUGUGGAAGUAGUAAU